GCUGACAGCAGCUUCCAGCUGACAGUUGGCAAGGACUCAGGGAAAGUCCUGGGCUUGUAAGGAACUGAUUGCUACUGACAUCUGAGUGAGUUUGGAAACAGGUUUCCCAGCACUUCCAGAUGUGACCUCAGCCUGGCUGACACCUUGUGUGGCCCUGAACUGGGGUCUCAGUCACUCUGGGCUGCGCUCCGACCUUCAGAGGCGUGAGGUGUCAGAUGUGCUGUCUUGUGCUGUGUUUGUGGCGCGUUGUCACAAGUGAUGGACAGCUGAGAGCGGGCCUUCAGAGGGAGGGUCGUGACCUUGUGGGGAGGCAGAGUCCUGCCUACAGUUGGUUCCCAGUGUGAGAAUUUCAAAGCUGGGGACGGGAGUGGGCAUGGCACCCUGGCACCCCUGACUGCACAAGCUUUCCCACAGCGACAGACCAGCGGGACGCAGAGCUCCAUGUAGGCCAUCGGCACCCUGUGCCCCUGCGUCCCCUUCCAGUUCUUACCUUCUCCCUAAAGGUCAUCAGGGUCUUAGUUCUCCCACACGGAUCACUUUUGUCUGUUGUUUUCUUCUAACUUGAUAUAAACAGAACCCUACAGUACGAACUCUCUUGUGACCAGCUCCUUCUGCUGAACGUUGCAUCUUGAGAUUCAUCUUUGCUUUUGUAUUUAGCAGGUUUCUUUCAUUGCUGCGUAUCAUUCCCUUGAGGGAGUACUCCUCAGUCUGUCCAUCUGUCUGUUGGUUAUUUUGGAGGUUGUGAAUGGUGCUGCUGUGAACAUUCCAGCUCUAGACUUGUGCAGGGGAGGCUUGGUGUCAUUGAGCGGAUGAGAGGGGUGGGUUUUAGUGCCCAGGUGGUGCCCAGGAUCAAGGGCAGUGUGACCAUAUAAGAAGGGAGGGCCUGAUGUGGGUAUAGACAGGUAGGCUGGUAGAUGCAGUAGGAGAAAGUUGACACUGUCCUCCCAUUGCUUCUGUCUUACUGAAAUAAGCAAGGGCAUCAGCUGAGAGGGAGGAGGGGGAGUAUUGGACAUUUGGGAAGAGAGGACAAAAGGGGUGGUCUCGUAGGAGAGUAAGGAAGUAGAGAUUGCUGGUGGCUCUCAGGGCCCUGGUAGGCAAGGGGUUGUAAAUGUACAGAGAGCUCAGUUGGUGUAGAUGCAGACGCAGAACAGGAAGCAGGUGGAAUUUAACCCACAUCGGGAUUUUCCCACGAAAGUGUGGUAGAGGAGGGGCAGGGAGAGUUAGGACUAAUAUGCAAGAAGAUGGUUAUAAAAUAUGACCAAAGAGAAACACGGUACCAUAGACCAUGUGAUCUAAGCUGGGUACAGAGGAGAGGGAGGACAGUGAAGGGGUGGCAAGGUCAAUACUUUUGUUUCUUUGGAAAUAUGUCUUAAUUUUUUAAUGGAUCCAAGCCACAUCCCUCCCCAUUAGUCUGUCCCCAGAGUUGGGUGUUGGAGGUGGGACCCCAGAGAAGCCUUCUCAAGUGGGUGAGGCAGGUGGCUGAGAUGCAUGCUGGGAUGUCCGCAUGUUGGGUGGGGAGCGUGAGCAGGGGAAACAUUCCUCCCUCCCACUCUUUGGAUGUGUGUUAUCGUCCGCUGCUCCAGCAGAUUCCUGUCUGUUGAUAAAGGGAAAAGAUGAUCUUUUCUCCUUUAUUUCAGAUUCUGACCUAGGAACUUGUGACAAAGAAGGUGACUCUGGAGCCCGAAUUUCUGAGGAUGGAAAUCUGCCUAAGACAAUGGCAGAAACACUCACAGUGAUGGAGCCCCCUGCCACUGAGUCUCAGACACUCCCCGAACCCGGAUUAGGGGAGCUGUUAGGAAACCCAGAAGGGCAGAACCUGCGGAGCUGUCCCCCUCAGGAGGGAGGUUUCAGGCAGGUGACAGUUACCCACUGGAAGAUCCAAGCAGGAGAGACAGCUCGGGUGGGCAGUAAAUCAGGAGAAAGCCCAGUUCUGAGCUCAAACCUCCUCCUCCUCCAGAGAGAGCUUGUGGAACGGGAAGCCCACCAGUGUGAGACUUGCGGCCAGACCUUCCCAUUUAACGCAGACCUUGUAGGACAUCAGAUUGCUCAUUCUGGGGAGAAAUCUUGCAGGUGUGAGCACUGUGGGAAAAGCUUCAGCCAGAGCUCCCACCUUGCUGAGCAUCAGAGAGCUCACGCUGGAGAAAGACUCUAUGUGUGCAACAUGUGUGGGAAGGACUUCAUUCACUACGCAGAACUCGCCGAGCACCAGAGGGCACAUGUGGGAGGAAAGCCGUUCCGAUGCGUGCAGUGUGGGAGAGCCUUCCAUCACAGCUCAGACCUGGUUCGGCACCAGCGAGUUCACACCCGGGAGAGGCCUUUCGAGUGUAAGGAGUGUGGGAAAGGCUUCAGUCAGAGCUCCUUGCUUAUUCGCCAUCAGAGAAUUCACACGGGAGAAAGACCCUAUGAAUGUAACGAAUGUGGAAAGUCCUUCAUUAGGAGCUCAAGCCUUAUUCGACAUUAUCAGAUCCACACAGAGGUGAGACAGUACGAAUGUAAGGAGUGUGGGAAGGCUUUCCGUCAUCGCUCAGACCUCAUUGAACAUCAGAGAAUUCACACUGGAGAGAGGCCCUUUGAAUGUAACGAGUGUGGGAAAGCCUUCAUUCGAAGCUCAAAGCUUAUUCAGCAUCAGCGAAUCCAUACUGGGGAAAGGCCUUAUGUAUGCAAUGAGUGUGGGAAGCGUUUCAGCCAGACGUCAAACUUUACUCAGCAUCAGAGAAUUCACACUGGAGAGAAACUCUAUGAAUGUAAUGAAUGUGGGAAAGCUUUCUUUCUGAGUUCGUACCUUAUUCGACACCAGAAAAUCCACACUGGAGAGAGAGUGUAUGAAUGUAAGGAAUGUGGGAAGGCCUUUCUCCAGAAAGCCCAUCUCACUGAACAUCAGAAAAUCCACACUGGGGAUAGGCCCUUUGAAUGUAAGGACUGCGGGAAGGCUUUCAUUCAGAGCUCCAAACUGCUUCUACAUCAGAUUAUUCAUACUGGAGAGAAGCCCUAUGUAUGUAGUUAUUGUGGGAAAGGCUUUAUUCAGAGGUCAAACUUCCUUCAACACCAGAAAAUUCAUACUGAAGAGAAACUCUAUGAAUGUAGUCAGUAUGGGAAAGAUUUCAGCUCGACCCCAAACUUUAAAAAUAAUCAAAGUGUUCACCAGGAGGGACUUCCCUUGAAUAAGACCACCAUACAUUUGGGUGAGAAGUCUGCAGGUCACGGGGAAUGUACAGCUGACUCAUAAAAUAGCCAUUCUCCAACUCAGUGGGUGAUGUUUAGAAGGGAGCGGCACGAGGUCACGUGAUUCCGUUCAUGUGACUCGGGAUGUGUCAGCAUUUUCCAAAGUCCUAGGCGGGGCUGCUUUCAGAGUGGGCUGUCCCCUGCUGGCGUGCAGCGGUGCUGGGCUGCUGUCCUCAGCUAGGAAUGUGUGACCUCAGGAGAGCCACGAGACUGCACAAGUGACUCUGGGCUGGAACGGUGCUGGGGGAGGAGCUGGGUCUCAGAGAAGGUUCUGUAUUUUAUUGCACAAUUACAGGUCACCCCCGAGUUAAAGCCUUUUUAAGGCAGAAUUCUGAGUCUAAUCUCAAUACUUAAGAGAAUAUUACAUAGUAAAUUUUGAUCUAUUAAAAAGGCAAGUUGAGAAAGAUCUUUCUUCUUUACAACCACAAAUUGGCUCCCUGUCGUCCUUAGGAUACUUCCCAAGCUCCCACUCCUGCUUUCUAAGACCUUUUUGCUUCCUGAAGUUGCAUCCACUGCGUGACCACCUGCCACGUGACUGGUGUUGUGGCGACGCUAACUGCUCGACGCUCCCACUUGGCCAAGCUGCUCCUCGUCUUUGUCCUUGUUUGAGUGCUCCCUGCCCCACACCUGACCGACUCCUCAGGUAUCGCGUCAGGCUCAGCCAGCCACUCUCCCUCUGUGCUUGUGUUGCUGGGAGCACUUCUGUUACUGCCCUUUGUUCUGUCAAAGUUACGUUGUUUAUCUACCAUCUGUGUCAUCCUUACCCUAUUGGCUCCUUAAGGACAUGACCGUAGCUGACUGACUUAUGUGUCCCUGUAUCUGGCGCAGGACAAUAAAGAGCACACCCCACAUCUGCGUGUGAUUGGCACCUCUCUUGCUUUGUCCUUUCUGUACUGCUAUGUUUGAAAUUUUUGGUUCUUGUUUCGUAGCAGCAUAGUUCACUGGUCUACAGGAAGUAUCUUGUCUCUCAGCCCUGUUGAUACCUUCUGCUUGUCCUUAGAAGUUGCAAGCAACAGCUAGUGUAAGACUAGCACGCCUCAUAUUUAUUGCCUUUAGAGCUCACCCUUGACUUGUCCACUUGGUUUUGGGGAGUGCUGUCUUCACGUGGUUGCCUGUGUAUCUUUCUGAUCCGCUCUGAUCCGCUCUGAUCCAACGCACCGCACGAGGUUUUGUCUCAGUUCCGUGAUUGACCUCAUCGCUUCUGGUCUCUCCACCUGCUUUGUGGCUCACUUUGUCAUUUAUUUGAAAAUGUAGUGAUUUAGAAGGACCAGUGCUGAACCCUAGGAAAACAGAUGAAGCUGUUCAGUCUGCUGGGGAAGACAGAUCACACACAGCGUUAAGUGUUGAAGUAGAAGUCCCCGGUUGUGUAGGACGCAGGUAAGGAGGGGACUAGUUGGGCAUGGAGGGUCUGGGACAGCUUCACAGAAGAGGUGAUGCCGGGACUGAAAGAACCGUGGCAGCUCGAGAAAGAGAGUGACCUGGAGAGGACCCUGCAGGACAGGGAGUGGUGGACUCCUCUUUUCGCAGCUUUCGUGGCACGGUAGUUAACAGCGCAGAACUUGACGGUUGUUUGCCUCUGAAUUUCUUUUCUCUGACAUGAACCGAAACGACCGGUUUUGAAAUGACCUAAACCAAUUUUGUUUUGCCUGUGAGGGCAGAUUUUGAGUUCUUAAAUUCCAGCAACCCUAGAAGCCUCCAGGGGUAAGUGAUCAAGGGGGGCAUACAGCGCUGCAUCUUCUGGAAAACUCCUCAUCACUAGAGAUGUUUCACGUGGUACAGAAGAGAGUACCGGACCACUCGCGUAACCUUUGGUGAGGUCCGGUCUGCAGACAGUAAAACGCCUAUUUAAAGUGUACAGGGUUUUGAGAAACCGUAUACCUGUGUAACCACCGUUAGAAUAAAGAAAAAUAACAUUUUUAUCACACAGCAUUGUUCCCUCUUGCCCUUUCCCGGUUAAUCCUACCCUGGUCCCAAGUAACCGCUUUCCGUCAGUGUAGAUUAGUUUUGCUUGUUGUAGGGCUUCACGUUAAAUGGACCCGAACAGUAUAUGAUACCGCGUGUCUUCACUUCCUUUGCUUUAGCAUGUUUUAAGGACUCGACCGAGUAGUUAUGUGUUUCGGUAUCUCUCUGCCGAGUAGUGUUCCGUUGUGUGGACAAACCAUUUGUUCUCAUCCACAUGUUGAUAGAAAUUUGGGUUUCCAGAUUUCUUACGAAUAAAACUGCUAUGAGCAUUUGUGUAAAAGUA